UGAUACCUUGUAUAAUUGGAUGAAUAUUUUAACAUUUUAUAGUAGUUACAGCGUCAGUAGGACGCGUUGAAAAUGCGGUUUGUAUAACAUAAACGCGCGUGAAGCAUCUCAUGUCCAACCAGAUUCAUCCCUUCAAAUCAGCACCAAACCGGAUUGACUGUACCGGACCGAACCUCGUGUUCUGUAAAUUAGCAUUAAACAAUUCUCACACUUCCCAUCAUCUCUAACCACCGAGGCACCGACCUCAUAAGUGAGGAAAAACAGAGACAGUCCUCUCACUUUCACAAUUUUCUUUUCUUUCUAUAUAUAAGAAACAAAAAAUAUUCUCAAAAUUUCAAAAGAGAGAGAGUUAAUGGCGUUGGCAAAUAACUUAACGGCAAUACUGAACUUACUAGCCCUACUCUGUUCCAUACCUAUAACGGCGUCAGGAAUAUGGCUUGCCUCAAAGCCCGACAACGAGUGUGUCAAUCUCCUCCGUUGGCCCGUCGUUGUCCUCGGCGUUCUCAUCCUCGUCGUCUCUGCCUGCGGCUUUAUCGGCGCCUACCAGUACAAGGAGACUCUGCUGGCUGUUUACUUGUGCUGUAUGGCUAUACUGAUCGGACUUUUGCUAGUGGUUCUGAUAUUCGCUUUCGUCGUGACCCGACCCGAUGGGUCUUAUCAAGUUCCGGGUCGAGGUUAUAAAGAGUAUAGGCUUGAAGGGUUCUCGAAUUGGCUGAGAGAGAACGUUGUGGAUUCAAAGAACUGGGGGAAGAUAAGGGCUUGUUUGGCUGAUACGAACGUUUGUCCUAAACUCAGCCAACAAUUCAUUACAGCUGAUCAGUUCUUCUCUUCCUCUUCCAUUACUCCUCUCCAGUCCGGCUGCUGCAAACCACCGACCGCGUGUGGCUACAACUUUGUGAACCCGACAUUGUGGCAAAACCCGACCAAUAUGGCUGCAGAUGCAGACUGUUACCUAUGGAACAACGACCAAAGCCAGCUUUGCUACAAUUGCAACUCAUGCAAAGCUGGUCUUUUGGGAAACCUUAGAAAAGAUUGGCGCAAAGCAAAUCUUAUACUUAUCAUCACUGUCGUUGUUCUCAUUUGGGUCUAUGUUAUUGCGUGUUGUGCGUUUAGGAAUGCUCAGACUGAGGACCUCUUCCGCAAAUACAAACAGGGUUGGGUCUAAAGUGUAUAGAACUGUUUGUAGUUUGUUGACACUGGAGUAUUCGAAAGUACCUUGUGAUAAUACUUUGUGUUCGGAAAGACCUUUUUUCUCUUGCAUGGAUUUUGUAUUUAUGUUUAUGUUACAUUGCUUGAGAAGAAAGAAGAUAUGUUUGUAUUUAUGUUACAUUGCUUGAUAAGAAAGAAGAUAUCUUUACA